UGCGAUGCGAGGGGAUGACCCGCCGGCGACGGCGACGGGGAGCGCAGCGCAGGGGACUCCCAUCCGUCUCCACUGCUGGAUCGAGAAAUUUCUCGCCGGAUCUCCCCCCUGCCCUCCCCUUUCUGCCUGGGCCUGGGGAGAGGGCGGCCAGCCAUGGCCAUGGCCCCUCGAUCUCUCGCCGCUCUCCUCCUGCUCCUCCUCUUCGCCGCCGCCGCCACCACCAGCAGCAGCAAGGACGAGGAGGAGGACCUCCAGUACCUCAUCGACGACGCCGGUGACAUCCCCGACAACGGCCCUGACGGCGACGGCGACUACGACGACCUCUUCGAGGACCAGGACCUCCCGGACCAGCAGCCGCACAUCGACGAGACCCACGUCGUCGUCCUCACCGCCGCCAACUUCUCCUCCUUCCUCGCCGCCACCCGCCACGUCAUGGUCGAGUUCUACGCCCCCUGGUGCGGCCACUGCCAGGAGCUUGCCCCGGACUACGCCGCCGCCGCCUCCCACCUUGCGGCCCACCACAGCCAGAGCCACCUCGCCCUCGCCAAGGUCGACGCCACCGAGGACACGGACCUCGCCCACAAGUACGACGUCCAGGGAUUCCCCACCAUCCUCUUCUUCAUCGACGGCGUCCCAAAGGACUACAACGGCGCCAGGACCAAGGAUGCCAUCGUCGAGUGGAUCAACAAGAAGCUCGGCCCGGGAGUGCAAAACAUCACCGCCGUCGACCAGGCCGAGAGGAUACUCACAGGGGAUGACAAGGCCGUCCUUGCCUUUCUCGACUCGCUAUCUGGUGCUCAAAGUGAUGAGCUUGCGGCUGCUUCAAGGCUGGAAGAUAGCGUCAACUUUUAUCAGACUUCAAGUCCUGAUGUUGCUAAGCUUUUCCACAUUGACCCAGCAGCAAAGCGCCCAUGCGUAGUAUUGCUGAAGAAGGAGGAGGAGAAGUUGACCUUCUUUGAUGGGGAGUUUAAAGCAUCAGUGAUUGCCGAUUUUGUGUCUGCAAACAAGCUUCCUUUGGUUACUACGCUAACUCAGGAAACUUCCCCUUCAAUUUUUGGCAAUUCAAUCAAGAAGCAGAUUUUACUAUUUGCUGUUGCAAAUAAGUCCUCGAAAUUUCUGCCCAUCUUUAAGGAAGCAGCAAAGUCAUUCAAGAGAAAGCUAUUAUUUAUCUUUGUGGAGCGAGACAAUGAGGAAGUUGGUGAACCAGUUGCCAACUACUUUGGUAUUACUGGACAAGAGACCACUGUUCUUGCUUACACUGGGAAUGAAGAUGCUAGGAAAUUUUUCUUUGAUGGUGAAGUGUCACUGGACUCCAUUAAGGACUUUGCUGAAAGUUUCUUGGAAGACAAGCUCACACCAUUCUACAAGUCUGAACCAGUACCUGAAUCUAAUGAUGGUGAUAUCAAAAUUGUUGUUGGGAAGAAUUUGGAUCUGAUAGUUUUGGAUGAAUCGAAAGAUGUCCUUCUGGAGAUAUAUGCACCGUGGUGUGGACAUUGUCAAUCACUGGAGCCUACUUACAACAAACUAGCUAAGCAUCUACGUGGCAUCGACUCCCUUGUGAUAGCCAAAAUGGAUGGAACUAGCAAUGAGCAUCCACGUGCCAAGUUUGUCUUGUACUGCACGGAUUCGUUUGCAUGCAAUAAAAGAAAAGAACAGUGGAAGCAUUAAGUUUGGGAGGCGUUGCAGUAUACAAACUUUGUUGGCUAUCCCACCAGUAGUCAUGAAACCUAUGCGUGUACACUGGAGUUGUCAGACAAAUGAAAGUUACAUUUGCCAUUCUUUUUUUGCUCAAAGUUGCUCUCUCUUAUGGUGCACAAAAGAAUAUGGAUUUGAGCUUGGUCUGCUGCUGCAUGCAUGUCAUAGUGUAUUUACUAUCUACUUCCAAGCAAUGUUUGGGGAAGCUCGUGCACUUUGAUUUUUUUGAUUCAAUGCUUGUGAGAGAAACUUGUCGUCGUGUUGGCACUAUGUAUUAAGACCUGUGAUGCAACGUAUCUGCUUCACUUGCCCCUCCAUACAUUGUCACAGCGGACUGUGGAUGGGUAGUGUCUAGGUCGUAGAUUGUAGUAGUGGUAGAUGGAGGUCGCUGACCUGGACGCUUGAACUUGGGCGGCACCGUGUUGCGUCGCGCCCAAAGAUGAUGCUCAGGAUAUGUUGGGGGUAAAUUCUUUCUUGGUUAACAUGAAUAGCUUAGGAGCAUUAUAUAGCCCCCCGUACAAACUCCUUAACUCCAACUCAAGCUCCUAUCCAAAUUUCCUAACAAACACAGGUUUCUGACGUAAGACUCAAACUUCUAUCUCUAAACCAAUCUAUGGUUUCUCACGUAAGACUCAAACAACUCAAACUCCACUACAUGCUCGACUUGAACUAGGAUUGGUGCUGGCCUCGUCUACACGUAACUGAGCAUGACAUCUCUCCCUCCCUUGCGAAACAGCUCGUUCUCGAGCUUGAAAGCUGGAUAGCGAAGCUUGAACUCAGGUUCCCACGCCGGACUCGUAACGGCCACCGUCGUCAGGGUAGUUGAGCACGAUGCGGAAUAGCUUCUUGCACCUGUGCCCCGAUAAAAAUUUCUCACCACAAUU